AUGUCUUCGCUGAGUAAGUGUUUCUACGAGGCUUCGGCCGGCAAGACCUGUCGUGACCUUUGGCAUCCGGGGUUCGCCAAAUGCAGACAUUAUAUUUUCGAUCUGUGGAAACGUAUUUUACCGGGCAGCUUCAAGCUGUACAUUCCGCUUCUGGUGCUUCCGCCCUUGGUCAAAUCCGAUGGAGUCACUAAAUCCUAUCUGUUGAAUCAUUUUCUUGAAUAUUUAUACAUUUCCGUGGCGACCUACGUCCAGGCAGCACUGUCACUGACAUUUCAAUGUGGCUUCUCGAACCUGUUCGGCUAUCUGAACUACUGGUGCAUCAUGUUCUGGCCCUGUCUACUAGGUGUCGCAAUAGGCCCCAGGCUACCACAGCAGCAUCUUCGACUUCAAGGGAUCACAUUCUUCAACAUGAUGGUGGAAACGAUGAUUCGUAAAAGUCGAGCCAACAUCGUAAAAUACCUUAGAAGCUCGAAGGUAUUCGGGACACUAAGUUUUGCUGUGUUAAGUGCGAUUAUUAUGACACAACUACACUCCGGAAUUGUGAAACAAUUUUGGUUAAUAAAUCCUACAGCACCAACAAGCACUGAAAAAGCCGGUCACUGCAAUCAUAACAACUCGUGUCAACAGUAUCUACUGGACGGAAUGUUGAAGUAUGCUACCGUUGGACUCAUACUCGAAUCUGUCAGGGCACUGAUCAAUAAGUUCACUCUGCUGAUGACAGAUCGAUCGCAAUUUGUCACGGAAUUCGUACAGAUUUGCAGCACUCGACUGGGGUUAUUUUUGGCUUUUUACGUUGGUAUAUACAGAUCGGUGACCUGCCUGAUGACACGUUACCGACCCAAUGAUAACGGACCUUUGCAGUCUACGCUGGCUGGUUUCCUAGCCGGAAGUGCCUACUGGAUUUAUCCGAAGUAUCAAGUUUACACGUUGGCGUUCACCAAGGCAAUUGAGAUUUCCUGGGAGUACUGGAUCAAAACAGGAAAAAGCAUUCCACCGUUGGUGUCUCGUAUCAACCAAUUCUCCCUGGUAUACCUUGCCCAAAUAAUCUCAUUCGGAUACCUUGGUCACAUUUACGCGUUUCAUCCGCAAUUGUCGCCAUCGUUCCAUAUCAAAGCGAUGGGCUUUUGCUCCAAGAACCUAACUCUGAACAUGCGUCGUACUUUGAUCGGCUGGAUCAUAGGGCACGGAUUCUAG